UGAGUUUCAGAAGAACACAGUGAGCGAGAGAGUUAUACUGACACUACUGCUCUUGGCCUCUCGUGAAGUGCAUUUCGCUCUCCGCCGCUUUUUUCCCGGCGUUCUCUUUUCCUUCAAACCCUAACCCUAGAAACCUUUUACCGAUCUCCUUUGUUGUGCCUUGCUGAUGGGAUCGGGAUAUUGGUGGAUCUGAUUUGAUGCUGGAAAUGCUGGAUUGGAACUCACCGGGGUCUUAGUGGAUCAGAAUCAUCAGAUUGUGAUGAGAUAUCGGUGUGGUGUUUCUGAGAAUGCUUUCUUAAGCUUGGAGAGUUUUAAAAAUUUAACAGAUGAACUAGGAUAUGGAUUUCUUGAUUAUUUCCAUGAGGCGUCAUCAGUUUGUAUGAUGUAAUUUGGUAGUUCUGCAGGAUUUGGUUGCUACAUUUGUUUUAGAUAACGCCACCCAGACAUACCUUUCACAAAUUCAGAUUGCAUUACUUCUGGAAAAUCUGUAACAAAAAAUGCGGCGUAAUUUGACCUUCCAGAGAUGGGUUAGUUUGCUUUUUUCAGGUAAUAUAUCAGGUGGCUGGUAAAGCCUGUCAAUAAAUGGAAUCAUCAGAUGGUGUUUGUGAGAUUGUUGAAUCGAAGUAUGAAUUUAACCCAUUCGAUCAUCAUUCUAAUGGAUCCACUCCACUAAAUAUCAGACUGGGAAAAAGUGAAAUCGGAAGAAAGUCUUCUAGCCAUUCUAUGGUCAAUCAGCUUACUGAAGCAAUUGAUUUAAUACAUCAUCAAUAAAUUCAUGCCCUCUAUUGAUGCAUAUAAAAAUGUCGCAAAAGAGUCCACUAAAGAAGCCCGUUACAGUUAGUGUAGCUCAAGCAACCGGAAUAGGUAUGUCUGAAUCUGCAUCACUGAAGCAGGCAUUGAGGCGUCUAUGCAUUUCCCAAGCAUCUGAAAUGGCAGCUAUGAAGCGAUUGUCAAAACGCAUAGGUCCGUCUGGUACUUCUGAAGCUGGAACUAUCCAAAGAUUAUAUGCAUCUGUUGUUGUUCAAUCUAGCGAAUCUGGUCUUCAAUUAAAUGAUGAUAAAGGAGAUAUUGUAGAGAUAUCCAUGAUGCCUGAAAAGAACUCCAUGAAUUUAUCUGGAAAAAUUGGUCAAACAUGUCAAGUGAGAAUGAUGGAACCAUCUAAUAAAAGUGCAGUUUCUGCUCCCUGCAGUCCACAUUUGAUGAUGCCCGUCAACGUCUCAAGAACCAGAAUAAAAGAUAUAAUUGCCCAGGAGGAAGUUGUAACAAGUUCCUCACCUGAAGAUGCAAAGUUAAAAGGAAAAAGAAACCCCAAAACUUCUUUCAUUGUCUCUGAGAACCGCCCAAAAUCAAUCAAGCCUGGUGGAAAUUCACGUUUGACAAAGCCAACUUUUAGAAGCAAGACAACCUGCAACAGAAAAGGAAGCAAGGAAUCAGCCUCAGCACCUGGAACCCCCACUAGAUGCCCAGCAAUCAAUAAAGCUGGUGGAAUUUCAGGUAAGAAUAAACCUGCUUGUGGGAAAGAGUCUAUUUCUCAAGUAUCCAGCAGCACAAGUUUGAAUAGCAAACUUGACUUGAAAGCAGAGCAAAGUGGCAUGAGCAAGGCUGAUUUUACUCCCGAAGUUGCUGGUGUCAAAGCUAUCAGUGUAAAGGUGAAUGAUAAUUCAAGAUUGAGAGAAAAAGGGGAAUGCUCUCAGAGCUCAAAGAGUAGUUUAGGUGACUAUAGCUGCAGUACUAGCAUCACUGAUGAGAGCUUCCAGAGUAGCUCUAGUGCUAAUGGGUGCAGGCCUCAUAUGUCAAAGGAUACAAGAUGGGUUGCCAUUCGCCAGAUUCUAUUGCAACAUGGAAGCAUUAGUUUAAAGAACUUCAAGCUUCUUAAAAAGCUUGGCUGUGGAGAUAUUGGUACUGUUUAUCUUGCCGAGCUUUCUGGUACAGAUUGUUUAUUUGCCUUGAAAGUCAUGGAUAUUGAAUUCUUACUUAAAAGACAAAAGAUUCUUCGAGCACAAACUGAAAAAGAAAUACUGGAAAUUCUAGAUCAUCCAUUUCUUCCAUCUCUGUAUGCCCAUUUCACUACUGAGAAUCUUGCAUGCCUAGUUAUGGAGUAUUGUCCGGGUGGGGAUUUGCAUGUCCUCCGUCAGAAGCAACCUGGUAGGAGUUUCUCUGAGCCAGCAGCCAGGUUUUACGUUGCAGAAGUUCUUCUUGCUUUGGAGUAUUUACACAUGCUUGGGGUGAUUUACCGUGAUCUCAAACCAGAGAACAUUCUGGUUCGAGAUGAUGGUCAUAUCAUGCUGUCUGAUUUUGAUCUUUCCCUGAGGUGUUCAGUUUGCCCAACCCUUCUCACAUCAACUUCACUGGGCACAGAAGAGGCAGCAGUGAAGAAGGUUUCUGGACCUUGUUCGGAAAAUGCUUGCAUUGAUCCUCUGUGCCUUCGGCCAUCCUGGGCACCGGGUUCGUGCUUCACCCCUCGCUUGGCAUCUUCCACCCUCAAAUCAGAGCUGGUUGCACAGUCAUGCCAGCUCCCUCAGCUUGUUGUGGAGCCCACUGAUGCACGCUCCAACUCAUUUGUUGGCACACAUGAGUACCUGGCCCCAGAGAUCAUCAGAGGUGACGGCCAUGGAAGUGCUGUUGAUUGGUGGACCUUGGGUAUCUUUCUCUAUGAGCUGCUAUUUGGCAGGACCCCUUUCAAGGGAGCUGGAAAUGAAGAAACUUUGGCUAAUGCUGUUUCUCAGAGCUUGCGAUUUCCUGAAAGCCCAGCAGUCAGUUUCCAUGCAAGGGAUUUGAUCAGAGGACUUUUAUCAAAGGAACCUGAAAACAGGCUUGGAUUUCUCAAGGGUGCAGCUGAGAUUAAGCAGCAUCCUUUCUUUGACGGUCUUAAUUGGGCUUUGAUCCGUUGUGCUGUGCCACCGGAAGUACCUGGCAGCUUUGAUCCUGGCACACCACAAACAGCUAUGCGAAAGAAAAAGGAAGGUAAGUGUUUGGAUUUCAGGGCCAAUGGAGAUGACGUGGAGUUUGAGCUAUUCUAGAAAUUGUGCUGCAGCUAAGAUGAUUAUAAAGAUAGAGGAAAACAAAUGAUUUAGCACUAAAGGGUCUUCUUCUUGACAGUUUAGUAAAACUUUCUGCAGUAAGGUAAAUAGAGAUCUCUCGGUGAAGUGUUUGAAUUUCAGGACUGGCUGUGACUAGGGAUACUGAGAAAAAUUUGUAUUUGUUUUUGCCUAGUCAUUGUUAAUUUCUCCCAUGUUUGUUGUGAUGCCACUUUGUUUAAUGUAUAUGUAGGUCCGCAGUUUGCAGCAGUAA